GGUUUCUUUCCUCGGUGUUGGCCCGGGCGUCCGAGAGCCCCAGCAGGCCUCCGGGCGCGAAAGGCAACCCGGGAACGGUAGUUCUCCUGGGCGCCUAGCGGGAUCGCCAGCGCGGCAGUGGGGCUUCCGCGGCUCCAAGCCAGCGGGUCCUGUGAGGGCGAGCGGAGGCGGAGAAAGGGCGCGGAAGUGAGAGAGGGUGAGUCAGCCACUGUCUACGCGAUAAAGGGAGGCCUCACCGCGGGGUAGGGCAGAAUUCAGGAGUAAGGUCCGUGCCGCAGUCUGUUCCAGGAAGCGGCUUGUCUUAGCGUCAGCGAGGGAAGGGUGAGGAGGAGCCAGAGCCGGGUCCUGCAGCCGUUCUCGCCUUCAGCGCCAGUCGCCAUCUCCACCAUGCAGUCCCGGGAGGACGCCCCGCGCUCUCGCCGCCUCGCCAGUCCCCGCGGUGGGAGGCGGCCCAAGAGGAUUUCCAAGCCCUCGGUUUCGGCCUUUUUCACGGGUCCAGAGGAACUAAAGGACACGGCCCAUUCUGCAGCCCUGCUGGCACAGCUCAAGUCUUUCUAUGAUGCGCGGCUGCUGUGUGAUGUGACCAUCGAGGUGGUGACGCCUGGCAGCGGGCCUGGCACGGGUCGCCUCUUUUCCUGCAACCGCAAUGUGCUAGCAGCUGCGUGUCCCUACUUCAAGAGCAUGUUCACAGGUGGCAUGUAUGAGAGCCAGCAGGCCAGCGUGACCAUACACGAUGUGGACGCCGAGUCCUUCGAGGUGCUGGUCGACUACUGCUACACGGGUCGUGUGUCUCUCAGUGAGGCCAACGUGCAGCGCCUGUACGCGGCCUCUGACAUGCUACAGCUGGAGUAUGUGCGGGAAGCCUGUGCCUCCUUCUUAGCUCGACGUCUUGACCUGACCAACUGCACUGCCAUCCUCAAGUUUGCAGACGCCUUUGACCAUCACAAGCUGCGAUCUCAGGCCCAGUCCUACAUAGCUCACAACUUCAAGCAGCUCAGCCGAAUGGGUUCGAUUAGGGAGGAGACUCUAGCAGAUCUGACCCUGGCCCAGCUGCUGGCUGUUCUGCGCCUGGAUAGCCUGGACAUAGAGAGUGAGCGGACUGUAUGCCAUGUAGCAGUGCAGUGGCUGGAAGCUGCUCCCAAAGAGCGGGGUCCCAGUGCUGCAGAAGUCUUCAAGUGCGUGCGCUGGAUGCACUUCACUGAAGAAGAUCAGGACUACUUAGAAGGGCUGCUGACCAAGCCCAUAGUGAAGAAGUACUGCCUGGACGUUAUUGAAGGGGCCCUGCAGAUGCGCUAUGGUGACCUGUUGUACAAGUCUGUGGUGCCAGUGCCAAACAGCAGCAGCGGCAGCAGCAGCAGCAGCAGCAGCAACAACAGCAACUCUGUUGUACCUGCAGCAGAAAAUCCACCUCAGAGGCUGGGUAUGUGUGCCAAGGAGAUGGUGAUCUUCUUUGGACACCCCAGAGAUCCCUUUCUCUGCUAUGACCCUUACUCAGGGGACAUUUACACAAUGCCAUCACCUUUAACCAGCUUUGCCCACACUAAGACUAUCACCUCCUCAGCUGUCUGUGUCUCCCCAGACCAUGACAUCUAUCUAGCUGCCCAGCCCAGGAAAGAUCUCUGGGUGUAUAAACCAGCUCAGAAUAGUUGGCAACAACUUGCAGAUCGCUUGCUGUGUCGUGAGGGCAUGGAUGUAGCAUAUCUCAAUGGCUACAUCUACAUCUUGGGGGGACGGGACCCUAUUACUGGAGUUAAAUUGAAGGAAGUGGAAUGCUACAGUGUUCAGAGAAACCAGUGGGCAUUGGUGGCUCCUGUCCCUCAUUCCUUCUAUUCCUUUGAACUCAUAGUGGUUCAGAACUAUCUUUAUGCUGUCAACAGUAAGCGCAUGCUCUGCUAUGAUCCUAGCCACAAUAUGUGGCUAAACUGUGCUUCUCUUAAACGCAGUGACUUUCAGGAAGCAUGUGUCUUCAAUGAUGAAAUCUAUUGUAUCUGUGACAUCCCAGUCAUGAAGGUCUACAACCCAGCUAGGGGAGAAUGGAGGCGGAUUAGUAAUAUUCCUUUGGAUUCAGAAACCCACAACUACCAGAUUGUCAAUCAUGACCAAAAGUUGCUGCUCAUCACUUCUACAACCCCACAAUGGAAAAAAAACCGAGUGACAGUGUAUGAGUAUGAUACUAGGGAAGAUCAGUGGAUUAAUAUAGGUACCAUGUUAGGCCUUUUGCAGUUUGACUCUGGCUUUAUUUGCCUUUGUGCUCGAGUUUAUCCUUCCUGCCUUGAACCUGGUCAGAGUUUCAUUACUGAGGAAGAUGAUGCACGGAGUGAGUCUAGUACUGAAUGGGACUUAGAUGGAUUCAGUGAACUGGACUCUGAGUCAGGAAGUUCAAGUUCUUUUUCAGAUGAUGAAGUCUGGGUGCAAGUAGCACCUCAGCGAAAUGCACAGGAUCAGCAGGGUUCUUUGUAAAUAGUAUUUUGAGACACUAAGAUGUUUCUACUGCUAUGGAAUGUAUGUUAAAAAGAUAUCCUUUCUUUUUCUUGGAAAAAAAACAUUGAUUACGACCACAGAUUUGGUUUAGAAAGGGUAAUAUUUUGAAAUACUACAGGGUUUAAAAAGUCCAUGAAAUCAACCUGUUUAAUAAUUUACCGUGCUAAAAGUCCAAAAUUAAAAUAUGCAAACAAGAACUAUAUAAUUGAUCGGGAUGCUUGGUAGGUUUUUUCCUGGUUCAGAUAUUCAUUCCACAGUGGAUUGUUUUGAUUAGUGUGCUUAUUUUUUUAUUAAUUCAGUCUCCUGUUAAUUUUAGUUUUCUUUAGUGCCACAAAGAAUUUAUCUUCUAAAUUUGUAUAAUAGAAAACUGGACUAGGAAUUGUUAAUGGGGUUUUGAAGGAUGAGUACUUUCCUUCAAAAUAAUGAAAGUGGUAGAUUUUCAAAAUCUUACACUAGUCAGUUCUUUAUAUUCUAAGUUAAAUAUAGUUUGUAAAAUUAUUUUGGUUUUCUUCUACAAAGAAAAAAAAUUGGAUAUAUGUAUUUUAAGGUUACUGAAUAGUGAUUUCAUUUUGAUAAUGUGCAGAAUGGCCUCACAAGCUCACAGAAAGUAAAAAAAUAAUAAUAAUAAUAAAUCAGAAUUACACACCCUUCUAAACCAAACCAAAACAAAACAAAAGGUAACUUGCUUUUUACAUUUGAAUUUUUAAUCUAUGCCCAAUACAUGCUUUAUUGAGUCAGAGGAACAAUUCCUGAACAUAUAAUUGGGUAAUGUAAAUUUUUAUCCAUUGGUCAUGGCUUGUCUUAAAAUGUUUAUUUGCCUCCGUAAAAUAUUUUGGCUGUAUAGGUUUGGUGUUUGUUCUAAAGGAUUCUUCAACAGAAAGUGAUUUAUUCUUUACUGUUUUUGUGAGGUAAUAUGGUUUAGAACAUACAUAUAAGCUAAAAACAGUAUUUUACUCAGAUCAGUAGUUAUUGUGUCUAUCAGCUAUAAAAAAAAAUCAAGUGCCAGCAAAGAACUUUAAAACUUUAAGCUGUGUAUUAUAGAACUGUUUUGUGUAGCAUUGGAAUAUUGUCCCUUUUGUAAGUCACUGUAAAUGUUCUUAAUUAUCAGCUUGAAAGUAUUUUUGUAUGAAAAGUUGACACUGAACAACCUAAAUGGAUGAUGGCAUUUGGGGCCAGUAGUGAAAGUAUGUUUCCUCUAAAAUAUUUCCCUAAACAGUGGUAUACAUGGUUUUUUUUAUUAUGAGAUUUGUAUAUGUUCUGUGUUUCUCUGGGAACCAUGUUUCAGUCUCUUUGUUACCGUAUGUAAGGGAAAGUCCAUAAAUAUUGACUAAAUUGCACAAAACUGACAUUGUUAAUUACAGGAAAUAUAGGUGCUUACCUUUUGAAGGUUUAUUAAUACAUAUGGUUGUCACAAUACGUAUAUAUGAUAAAUGGUGUACAUAUAUAGAUGUUUAUGGUGUAUAAAUUUUUCUAUAUCCAAUUAGAAUUA